AUGCCUAAGAAGAAAACAGGUCAACGAAAGAAAGCCGAAAAACAAAAACUAAGACAGAAAGAGAUUCGGAAUGCACGAGAGAACGUGGACUUGGCUGCCCACCCCUGCAACAUACCCAUGGAAUGUGAUAAAUGCCAGAAAAAGCAGAAGAAUCGAGCAUUCUGUUACUUCUGCCAGGCAGUGCAGCGUCUGCCUACUUGUGCACACUGUGGCAAAGUGAAGUGCAUGCUGAAGUCUGGAGACUGUGUCGUGCGUCACCCAGGGGUCUUCACUACUGGGCUUGGCAUGGUGGGUGCAAUCUGUGACUUCUGUGAGGCGUGGGUGUGUCAUGGCCGCAAGUGCCUGACUGCGCACGCCUGCACCUGCCCAUUGAUGGAUGCUGUCUGCCUUGAGUGUGAACGAGGCGUGUGGGAGCACGGCGGGCGCGUGUUCCGCUGCUGCUUCUGCCAGGGCUUCCUGUGCGAGGACGACCAGUUCGAGCACCAGGCCUCCUGCCAGGUCCUCGAAGCCGAGACCUACAAGUGCCAGUCGUGCAACCGGCUGGGCCAGUACUCGUGCCUGCGCUGCAAGACGUGCUUCUGCGAGGAGCACGUCCGCCGGCGCGGCGUGCGCGCGCCCGGCCGCGGCCCGCCGCCCUGCCCGCGCUGCGCGUACGCCACGCACGUCACCAGCGACCUCGCCAUGUCCACGCGCUCGCACCGCUACGGCCGCCAGCCCGUCGCCAACUACGACGACGAGGAUGACGACCACGACGAUCACGCCGGAGCCUACUCCUCAGGGUACGCGGCUGAAGGCGGUGACUACUCAUCAUACGAGGAAGACGACGAGGAUGAUGAUGACGACGAAGACGACUCAGAGUCAGAGUCGCAGUCCGAGGAGGACGCGCCCCCUGCGCCCCCCGCGCCCGCGCCCUAA